AGCCGUCUUGUGACAACAGGAAGAAGGAAUGACAACAGUGUGAGGAUGUUAGAACCGCUCUGACGCUUGUUAACUUUUCAUUUGCAGAAAGAAAGAAAGAAAGAAAGAAAGACAACAAUGACUUCUAUCAUAAAAGAAACACAAAGCAUUAAAGAAGCAGUGACUUUCAUCAAUUCGAUUGAUGUGAGCAAGUUCACCAGACUCAUCUCCCGCAUCACACAGAAGCUUCAUCUGAAGGGAGAACGAACAUUUAGCGAAGAAGAAGAGGAAAAACUCCAGGCUGCUCUCUCAUUGGAUAAAACUGCUCUCCAUUUAGUCCUGGAAACAGCUGCUUUUAUAUUGGAGCAGGCGGUAUAUCAUAACAUAAAGCCGGCCUCUCUGCAGCAGCAGCUGGAGGUCAUACAUCUAAGUCCAGAAAAGGCUGAGGUGUUCUGUCAGAUUUGGGCCACUGCUGGACCAGAGCUGGUGGAGAAACUAAAGCGUAACAUCUCUGCCCCUAAGAAGCUGGAGUACGUCGGCUGGCAGCUGAACCUGCAGAUGGCCCAGUCCAGCCAGGCUAGACUGAAGUCUCCCAGUGCUGUCCUUCAGCUGGGACUCCACAAUGAAGACGCAGAGGAUCAGGAAAACGUCUUUGCUGAGUUUAACCACCAGGAGCUUCUUGAGUUCUACAACAAGCUUGAAAUCGUGCAAGGACAGUUGGAUUCCCUAACUUGAUGCCCGGCGCUCUGUGUACAACCACACCCACACAAACACUGUGCUGUUAGUGAUGAUGCUGACAGCUAUGCCAGCUGUUAGAGGCCGAGCAGCUCCAGUCUUGCUCUGAUUUAUUAGAGAAAACCGUCAAACAUAGAGGAAAGAGUUUCUUUCCCUUUUGAGUUCUUUUCAGUCCAUGUUUGUCCUCAUUACAGAGUUUUUGUGUGAAAAAUAACCUUUCGCUUUGUCUACAUAAACUGUACGUAAAUAAUUUCUUUUUACCAUUUUUUUAGAUCUUGUAGUGAGAAGCAUAAUGCCAUACUACCAUAUAUAUUGCUUCUUUUAUCUGUUAAGUUGGAAAAAGAUGUGCAAAUACUCAGCUGUCUUGAAAUUGGAUUCAUACCCUGAGGGGAAAAAAAGAUAAAUUAAAUCUCCAGUGUAACUUCAUUCAAAACAAAUGAGUUUUGUUACUUGAAGACUGAACUACAUUCCUUGUUAUUCUAUUAAAUUCUGAAUUGAAGAUGAAA